AUGCCACCAAAGAAGAGGAAUAUUAAUUAUGAUGAUGACGAUGCUGAUGAAAACGAUAAUGCAGGAAAUGAGAGUUUAAUUGUUCGGGAGCGAUUAAAUUUUGCUAACCGAAGCAGUAAUGGAUCAUCUUCGGGUGGUGGUAGUGUAGGAUCAUCGAAUAGUACUAAUCAGUGGUGUGCUUUUAAUAUUGGUGAUAAAUCGGAGAAUGAUAUUGAACGUGUGAUGAUUGCCUACUUGGAAAAGUAUCACUUGCAAGAUAUUAGAGAUAUUUUGUGUCCUCCUCUCACUCUAACAAAUGAUGAUACAAUUCACUAUAGUGUAUUUAUUGAUGUUUCACAUUUCAUGUCUGCAAAUAUUGAAAUUGGAUCAAUUUUAUUAUCAUACCCAACAGAAUUAAUUCCUAUUUUUGAGAGAGCACUGAUUAAAACACAGCAACGUCACAUUGAAAAACAAGAAGUUAUGAAGGAACAAUUUAAAUUGAAAACAUUUGUGCAUGUUAGACUUCAUACGUUACCACAAUGUUCCGAAGUAACAAAAACAUCAGUGAGAUCUGUUAGGAGUUGUGACGCUAAUAGAUUAAUUUCUGUCAGUGGUACUGUCAUUAAAACAGGGCCUAUCAAAAUGUUGGAGUAUAAGAAGAUUUAUAUUUGUAAAAA